AGUCUCAGGUGCACGAUGGUCCCACGGAUAUUCUCCCGGGGCCGACCAGCGCCCGAGCCUGUCAGGUACGUCGCGAGGACAGAGGAAGUCAAUCCCGUGAGGGUCGGCGGCUAUACUCACCCUCGGAAUCCGAAAGGCGCCGCGGCGAGCCCGCACAGCCUCCCAUGGCAUCAAGUUCUGGUCCCCCCGGGAGUCCGAAGUCAGCGAGAGUUCAAAGUUGGCUCCAAUGAGACGGAUGAGGAUCUGAGACAGGAGUCUCUCAGCACCUUUGUUUCCUACCUUAUAGGAGAUGAAGUCCCCACUGUAGAGAGGAAGGAGGCAUGUGCAGCUGAGGAACUGAGGGAGGUGGCUGCAGGAAGGCCCCUGGGGAAGGUGGAAGAGGAAGCCCAGGAGGCCCUGGAGGGUCUUGGAGGCAGUCAAAGCAAGGAGGAUGGAGGGCUGAGACAGCCUGGAGAGACUGGAAGAUGCUGGGAGGAAAGCUCAGCUACAGAACAGACCCGGGGUGGGGGAGAAGGCAGCUCUUGUGGGUCUCAAGCUGAGAGGCAGGACACUGAGGACUGGGAGGCAGCCAAAGCCAUCAGAUGCCAGGAUUCAGGUAUCCCCGUGGAGGCCAGAAAGAAGUCUGAGGCAGGGUCUGAGGCUGGUCAAGAUAGGAGGAGCCAAGCUCUGGAGAUCCAGGAGCAUGAUGAGCAGGAAGUGAAGAGAGAGGAGACACUGGGAACACGGGAACGGGAGGAGGAAGAGGUCAGGGCAGCAGAGUCAGUGGUGGUGGGAGGGGUGGAGUCAGAGCAGACCUGGCACAAGAAGCCUGAGGGGAAGGCCGGUGCUGACGGGCACAAGGUGGCAGGGGAUGGCAAGGAGUCAGAGCAGGUGGUCAGUGAGGCAGCCGCAGAGGAGAUCCAGGGCCCUGGGGCCAAAGGGGCUGGGAGGGAAGAAGGGGUGCCAGUGGUCAGGUGUGGCCGAAGCACAAGGGCACAGGGGACGCAGGAGCCAGGGGCAGAAUCUGAGGAUGGGGAAGCCUUGGGCAGGGAGGAGGCUGACCUCCCAGGAGUCGAGGAGACAGAAUAUGGGGCAGUCCCAGGAGAAAGGAUCCCAGAGGGUACUGGGAGAGUCUGGGCCCUAGAGGAGACCUCCAAGAGAGACCAGGAGGAGGAGGUGGAUGAGAACAGAGAGACAGAAGCAAGCCUGUUCCCUGAACAGACCCAGGUCCUAGGAACCGGGACAGUGGAAGAAGAAGCCAAAGGCCAGGCAGCAGGGAGGGAGGCUGAGGAAGGUCCGAGGUCAGUGGGGGAGGUAAGGGAGGGCUUUGAGGGCCAGGCAGAUCGGGCUGAGGAAGAGGCCGUGGGGAGGCAAGAGUCAGAGGUCAAGGCUGGUCAAGCCAGUCUCAAGGAGGUAGUACAAACAGAGGAGGCUGAGGAGCAGAAGAAGGAGAGUUGCUCGGCCGCAGAGGCUGAGGUGCCCCAGGACAAAGUAGCCAAUGAGGCUAAAGGGGAUGCUGACUUGGAGGCAACCCCAGAGGCCAGGCCCGAGCAGUUCAAUGGGGAGAGCGGGGAGGAAGAGACUCAGACAGGGGAUGAAGCACUGGAGGGGGAGUGGGGUGGCCUUGAGCACGAGGUCACUGAAGGCCAAGAACCGGAGCUGAUGGGAGGCCCGCAGACCACAGCAGAGCAACUUGAGGAAGGGCCAGUGGGUAAAGAAGAGCUCCGGAGCAUUCUAGCCCCAAGCAGAGAGGAGACAGGGAGGAGCCUGCAGGAAUAUCCCAGGCACGUGGGGCAUGUGAAGCCUAACAGCUCUGUGGCCGAAGCCUGGGAAAACAGAAAAAAGGAUGUGGAGAGAGAUGAUGCCCAGGAGGAAAAAGGAGAUGCUGAAGAGGGGGAGGAGGAGGCUACAAGAGGCCAGGCAUCAGUGGUGGAGGCUGGAGGAGGCCAAGAGUUGGCACGGCCAGCGAUCCCAGAGGCAGGUGGGGAGUGGAUGGAAGCAAAGGAGGCCUGGCAUGGAGCAGAGGAGGGGGAGGCCCCGGGAGCGGAGAACCAGGAGCGGGGCACAAGGCUCGGGGCAGAGGCAGGGACCAGCCAGUUCCUGGGAGAGUCGGACACCAGAGAAACCCAGGAGGAAGAGGUAGAGGCCCCUGGGCCCUGCGAGGAGGACAGAGCCUCCAGGAAAGGCUGGAGGCUGGAGGCAGAGGCUUCGAGCCCCCAGAGCAGCGAGGGACCGGAGGCAAAUUCUUUGGCUGUCAAGAUGGUGGAGGAUAAGGCAGCUUUGGAAGGAGGGGCCCUUGGGCCUGGGGAAGGGCCUGAAAGAGAGGCUGGGGAUGCCUUUGGGAGAGGCUGGGAUUUGGAAGGGAGAGAGGAAGCUCACAGAGGUGAAGAGCUGGUGGAGGCUGCAGAGGGAGAGAAGAGAAGGGGGCAGGAGUUUGGCCUGGAGGGCUCAGCUGAGGAGGAGGUGCCUGGCCGAGGUAGCCAAGCAGAGGCCCUUGAGGCUACCCUGGAGGGUGAGCCAGAGGGAGAGCCGGUGGGGCUGGGGGAAUCAGCAGGGGCAGAAGGAAUCUGUGGGGUGGAUGACUUUCCCUCGGGCUCGCAGGCGCUGAGGGCAGAAGGAAUCUGUGGGGUGGAUGACUUUCCCUUGGGCUCGCAGGCGCUGAGGGCAGAGGACCUCCCGGGAGGGCAGGCACUGUGGGAAGGAGAGACUGGGGGAUGGCGAGUGAGGGAGCAGGGGCAGAGUGGUGAGGCGCAGCAUGGGAACCAGCACCCUGAGGAGGGAAAAACACAAAGGCCCCUUGACGUGGAGGAUGCCGGGGUGACUGGAGGCCAAAAGGCAGAGGCCACGGAGACUGAUCCAGGAGGCCUGGAGGGUGUCCAAGGCCUGGAGGGUGUCCAAGGCCUGGAGUGUGUCCAAGGCCAGGAGGACCAAUCGACCAAUGAGGACCCUGUGGAGGCUGGGCCUGGACCACAAAGGGAGGCUGACGGGAGUGCUGGACAGGAUGCUCACGGCAAGUGGGGUGAGGCCCUGCUCCCCGGGUCCCGCCUGGACGUCUCUGUCUCGAGGAGCCGAGUAUUCCUGUCCCGCAGUUCCUCGCAGCGCCGCUCCCGGCCCUCUUUCCGACGGACCCUGGUCCCUGAGCCACCCGAGGGGCCUCCCAGCCCUCCACCUGAGGAGGAGCCAUCAGCCCCAGAGCAGAGAAUCCAGCCAGAGCAGCCGCCGGAGCCAAGGCCCCCCAGGCCUGAAGGGACUCCACUGCCGGCCAGGAGAAGUCCCUUGGGACAGGGGUUUGGCCUGGCACACCCAGGCAUGAUGCAGGAACUGCGAGCCCGGCUGGGCCAGCCAAAGCCCCAGUGACUGGGAUUCAAGGCCCCGGGAGCCAGGCACCGAGCAAGACUUCUGGGACGGCUGGGUUGAACCCUGCUCAGCCUGACUCCCUCUGUCACUUUAGACACGUCCUUUUCACCACCCCCCACCCUCCCCCCUGGGCCUGAGUUGCUGCGUGUGUCACUGUGGAGCAGACAGAACCAGAUGCCGGCGAGAACUGUGAACUUAAGGAGUCUGCCUCUUCAGUGUGGCUGAUGGACCCCUCCCCUGCUGGGGUUGCCUCUCUCUGAGGGCCUGCCUUGCCUGCCUCCUAAAUCUAUCUCAGCUGCUCAGAAGACCGAGUGAAAACAGAGACAGUUCUCCCCACAGCCUUCCCUCUCGGACGGCACCCACUCUUUGCUCUUCCCAACCCCGUCCCUGACCAGGCCCUCGGCGCUGUGGAGGAGGAACGCAAACCUCUGAGGUUGAAGCCAGCUUGGAGGAAAGGGUCAUUGCUCCAUUUGCAAUCAAAGGGAAGCAUGCUGGUUGCCUGGAACUUCCAGAAUGGGAGCUGAGUCCAGGAACUCUGCUGGUUACUGUGGCAACCACCAGCUGAACAAACCAGAGUGGGAGAAGGUGGGCCAGAAACCCCCAAAAUGGAGGAGCAGAGAGGAGUCCAGGGUGGCCAAAAGCUGCAGCCUCUGCGCCAGGGCCCCUCAGGGUGUCAGGCACCCCUUCUCUGGAAAGAAACCAAGGCAGAGAGAGGGUGGGAGUGCUUUAUUAGACAGCAUGGUGGCCUAGUCUGAGGAUGACUAGCAGGCCCCCAUAACAAUAAAUAAACCUUCAUUUUUCUAAACAAUAAAUAAAUAUCUAAGAAAUAAAUAUCUGACAAGGA